AUGGAUUUGCAUUGUGUUCUUUGGACUUUUCAGUACUUUUCUUCAGUGAUUUCUAUUCAAUCACAAUACUAUCUUGGAAUUAGCCUUCCAGUUUCGGCAUUGUUCUGUUUUCUUUGCGUUCUUAGAUGGGCUUUAUUUGUUGGAAUUAAGCUUCAGUUUUGGGCAUUGUAUUUGCUCUCUUUGUGUUCUCAACUCAUUUCUUUUUCAGAUAGCUUUGCUUACCUUCUGGUUUUGGGUAUCAUUUUUGUUUCUUCGCAUUCUCAGGUUGUGUUCUUGGAAUUAGUCUGGUGGGUUUGGCCUUUCCCUGUUGGAAUUAGGUUUCCGGUUUCGGGUAGGCACUUUUUGUAA